AUGGCUGUAAUGUUAACUACACCAGGAGAUGGCAUGUCACUUUCUCUAUUCAAGCAGCAAGCGACAACAACUACAACUACCACUCCAACGACAACAACCACUCCGACGACGACAACAACUCCUACAACAACAACUCCGACCACUACAUCGACUACAACUCCAACGACCACUACCACGACUACAACUCCAACGACAACAACCACUCCGACAACUACAACACCUACAACUACAACAACUCCGACAACUACCACGACUACAACUCCAACGACAACAACCACUCCGACAACUAAAACGCGUACACCUACAACAACUCCGACCACUACAACGACUCCAACGACAACGACAACAACCACUUCCACUACUACAACUCCAACAACAGCAACAACCACCCCGACGACAACAGCUACACCAACUCCUACCACUACUAAGACCACCACUCCAACGACGACAACCACUUCAACGACUACAACCCCCACAACUACCACAACACCAACAACAACGAAAACACCAACUACAAGUACUAAAACCACAACUACAACCCCGACCACUACCACAACUACAACCCCGACCACUACCACACCAACGACAACUACCACUACGCCAACAACAACUACAACACAAACAACUACUACAACACCGACAACCACUAAAACGCCAACAACUACCACAACUACAACAACAACAACGCCAACAACAACUACAACACCGACAACUACUACAACAAUACCGACAACUACUACAACACCAACCACUACUACAACACCAACAACUACUACAACAACGCCAACAACUACCACAACAAUACCGACAACUACAACAACACCGACAACUACAACAACACCGACAACUACGACAACACCAACAACUACAACAACACCGACAACCACAACAACACCAACAACUACUACGACACCGACAACUACAACAACUACGACGCAAACAACUACCACAACACCAACAACUACAACCACGACGCCAACAACUACUACAACACCGACAACUACAACAACAACAACGCCAACAACUACAACAACACCGAUAACUACCACAACAACAACGCCAACAACUACAACAACUACAACACCGACAACUACCACAACAACAACGCCAACAACUACAUCAGCUACAACACCGACAACUACCACAACAACAGCGCCAACAGCUACAACAACACCGACAACUACCACAACAACACCGACAACUACCACAACAACAGCGCCAACACCAACAACUACAACAACACCGACAACUACCACAACACCGACAACUACUACAACACCGACAACUAUAACAACAACACCGACAACUACCACAACAACAGCGCCAACAACUACAACAACACCGACAACAACAACAACACCGACAACUACUACAACACCAACAACUAUAACAACAACACCGACAACUGCCACAACAACAGCGCCAACAACUACAACAACACCGACAACUACUACAACACCGACAACUACAACAACACCGACAACUACUACAACGCCAACAACUACCACAACACAAACAACUACUACAACACCAACAACUACAACAGCAUCUACAACUACCACAACCACAACACCAACAACUACUACAACAACAACGCCAACAACUACGACAACACCGACAACUACCAAAACAGCAACGCCAACAACUACAACAACACCGACAACUACUACAACGCCGACAACUACAACAACACCGACAACUACAACAACACCGACAACUACAACAACACCGACAACUACUACAACACUGACAACUUCUACACCGCGGACAACAACUACAACCACAACUACAACUACAACUACACCGACAACUACCACCAACCCUACCACUACUACAGCUCCUACAACUACAACUACGACGUCAACAACUACCACAACACCGACAACCACAACUACCACAACACCGACAACAACCACGCCUACUACAACUACAAUAGACUGUGUAAAGGUAUGUCGGUCCUGGGGCAGAACGCCGUUACAUCUGACCACGCCGGACAAGAAACCUGCCGCCACUCUACACUCUCCAUACAGUAAUACGGUACCUCUCUGGGAAACUGCCAUAUUUCUCCUGCCUUUUACUAUAUCUUUCGAUAUAAAUUGGGAGGAUGACUAUUUAAAGGUGACUUCCAAUGAAUACAAGACACUAUCAAGGAAAAUUGUGGAUCUGAUGGAGACGUUAUAUAAAGACGUCCCCGGUUUCAGAAAAAUUACAAUCGUUCAGUACAGGCAUGGCAGUGUGGUAUGUACCUAUGCUGUUAACCUGGAUGUGACGUCACAUAGAGACAAA